GCUCAAACGAGCUGGCCUUCAUCAUUUUAAACAAACCAGUCGUGCAAUCUGCAAGCCCUCCUCGCGACCUCGUCUCCUCCUCUCCCGUCGUCUCUUCUCCCCGGAGGUCGGAGGGGAGGGAGGAAGAGAACAAGGCCCAAAAAAAGAGGGAAGAGAGACACAGAGGAAAAAAGCGCGCACAUACGGGAACGCGUGAUCCAAAUCGAAUCCCCUCCUUACGGAGAAACCCAAAAUCCAGAGAAAAGACCGCGCAAAUCCGGCCAGAUUUGGCCAUCGAUCUCGCGCGUGGUCCACCGGGAGGUUUCCCGAGAUCUCCCGCGGGUUCCUCCAGCGCUUGGUCUGGUGCCGCAGAGGGCAGGAUGAGCUCGCGGAUAAAGGAGAUGGUGCGGGUGGCCACUGCACGGCUUGGCGGCGAGCCUUCGCCGCGGGCGGGGCCUUCUCAGCCCGGACGCGCGGAGUCGUCCAGGACUGCACGGCUCGGCGGCGGAGGCGCCAGCCUCCGGCGUCAGCCCCAACCGCAGGCGCCCACCGUGCGCACCAUCUACUGCAACGACCGCGAGGCCAACGCGCCCGUCGCAUACAAGGGAAAUUCUGUAUCGACUACAAAGUACAGCGUAUUGACAUUUCUACCUAAAGGAUUGUUUGAACAGUUCAGGCGGGUGGCAAAUCUUUACUUCCUCAUGAUUUCAAUCUUGUCGACUACACCAAUUAGUCCAGUCCACCCUGUCACCAACGUGGUUCCCCUUAGUCUAGUACUUUUGGUGUCACUCAUCAAGGAAGCUUUUGAGGACUGGAAACGUUUCCAGAAUGAUAUGUCAAUUAAUAAUGCACAUGUCGAUGUAUUGCAAGGUCAAAAAUGGGAAAGUAGUCCAUGGAAAAGACUGCAGGUUGGAGAUAUUGUGAGGAUCAAGCAAGACAGUUAUUUCCCUGCUGAUUUGCUCUUCCUAUCGAGUACGAAUGCUGAUGGUGUCUGCUACAUAGAGACAGCAAAUCUUGAUGGGGAAACCAACCUGAAAAUAAGGAAGGCUUUGGAGAAAACUUGGGACUAUGUUCUUCCUGAAAAGGCUUCGGAAUUCAAAGGUGAAAUACAGUGUGAACAGCCAAACAAUUCGCUUUACACAUUCACCGGGAAUCUUAUUGUGGACAAGCAAACUAUACCAAUUUCACCAAACCAAAUACUUCUAAGGGGAUGCAGCCUUCGUAAUACCGAGUACAUUGUUGCCGUUGUUAUAUUCACGGGCCACGAGACAAAAGUUAUGAUGAACUCAAUGAAUGUUCCUUCUAAAAGAAGCACAUUGGAGAAAAAGCUAGACAAGCUUAUUCUAGCUCUAUUUGCAACCCUCUUUACGAUGUGUGUCAUUGGUGCUAUUGGAAGUGGUGUGUUCAUUAAUGAGAAAUACUUCUAUCUUGGAUUGCGUGGGCGUGUUGAGGACCAGUUUAAUCCCAAGAACAGACUUGUGGUGACCAUUUUAACCAUGUUUACUCUAAUAACUCUAUACUCAACGAUCAUCCCCAUAUCUCUUUACGUGUCCAUUGAGAUGAUCAAAUUCAUUCAGUGCGCACAGUUUAUUAACAAUGAUCUGAAUAUGUAUCAUGCUGAGAGCAACACCCCAGCUUUGGCCCGUACUUCUAAUCUGAAUGAGGAGCUUGGGCAGGUUGAAUAUAUAUUUUCUGACAAAACUGGAACACUUACAAGAAACUUGAUGGAAUUCUUUAAGUGUUCAAUUGGUGGGGAAAUAUAUGGAACUGGCAUUACAGAGAUUGAGAAGGGAGGAGCUGAGCGAGCUGGAGUCAGAAUUGAUGAUGAUGAGGAUAAAAGAUCAGCCACUGCAGUUCAUGAGAAAGGAUUCAACUUCGACGACACUAGAAUAAUGCGUGGUGCAUGGAGAAAUGAACCUAAUCCUGAGGCCUGCAUGGAAUUCUUCAGAUGCCUGGCAAUCUGUCAUACAGUUCUUCCUGAGGGCGAGGAGACACCGGAAAAGAUCACUUAUCAAGCUGCCUCUCCUGAUGAGGCCGCACUUGUGGCUGCAGCGAAGAAUUUUGGUUUCUUUUUUUAUAGACGUACGCCGACCACAGUAAUGGUUCGUGAAUCACAUGUUGAUAGGAUGGGUAGUAUGCAAGAUGUUGCCUAUGAAAUUCUGAAUGUUUUGGAAUUUAACAGUACAAGGAAGCGCCAAUCUGUGGUUUGCCGCUUUCCAAAUGGAAAACUUGUUCUCUACUGCAAGGGUGCUGAUAAUGUCAUCUAUGAACGUUUAGCUGAUGGAAAUUAUGACAUUAAAAAGACAAGCAGAGAACAUCUAGAGCAAUUUGGAUCUGCUGGCUUGCGUACACUUUGCCUUGCUUAUCGAGAUCUCAGCAUGGACCAAUACAAAAGCUGGAAUGAGAAGUUCGUGCAAGCUAAAUCUUCUUUACGUGACCGCGAUAAGAAGCUUGACGAGGUGGCUGAAUUGAUUGAGAAGGACCUUGUAUUGAUAGGUUGCACUGCUAUUGAAGACAAACUGCAAGAAGGGGUGCCAGCCUGCAUCGAAACUCUUUCUGCAGCUGGCAUAAAAAUUUGGGUGCUAACUGGAGAUAAAAUGGAAACAGCAAUUAAUAUAGCAUACGCAUGCAGCCUGGUGAACAACGACACGAAACAGUUCAUCAUCAGUUCAGAGACAGACACAAUUAGAGAGGCUGAGGAAAGGGGUGACCCUGUGGAAAUUGCGCGAGUUAUCAAAGAGUCGGUAAAACAGAGUCUAAGAAGUUACCUCGAGGAAGCCCACCGUUCUCUAAGUAGCACACCGGAGCGAAAGUUGGCUUUCAUUAUUGAUGGAAGAUGCUUGAUGUAUGCUCUAGACCCAGCUCUGCGUGUGAAUCUUCUUGGUUUGAGUUUAAUUUGUCACUCAGUUGUAUGUUGUCGAGUUUCUCCACUGCAAAAGGCACAGGUUACUAGCUUAGUUAGGAAGGGUGCUCGUAAGAUAACUCUCAGCAUUGGCGAUGGUGCUAAUGAUGUAAGCAUGAUUCAAGCCGCUCAUGUUGGGAUUGGCAUUAGUGGACAAGAAGGAAUGCAAGCAGUUAUGGCUAGUGAUUUUGCCAUCGCUCAAUUUCGUUAUCUUACUGAUUUACUUCUUGUACAUGGACGGUGGUCAUACUUGAGAUUGUGCAAGGUUAUCACAUACUUCUUCUACAAGAAUCUGACAUUUACGCUAACUCAGUUCUGGUUCACUUACCAAACUGGCUUUUCUGGUCAGCGGUUUUAUGAUGAUUGGUUCCAGUCGCUGUAUAAUGUCAUUUUCACAGCGCUACCCGUAAUUAUGGUUGGAUUAUUUGAUAAGGAUGUGAGUGCAUCUCUAUCAAAGAAAUACCCACAACUUUACCAGGAAGGAAUUAGGAAUACAUUCUUCAAGUGGAAAGUGAUAGCGGUGUGGGGUUUCUUUGCUUUCUACCAGUCAAUAGUGUUUUAUUACUUCACUGCAGCUGCAAGUCAGCAUGGUCAUGGCUCAUCUGGCAAGAUUCUUGGUCAAUGGGAUGUUAGCACAAUGGCCUUUACUUGUGUUGUGGUUACUGUGAACCUCCGCCUCCUCAUGUCAUGCAACUCUAUUACGAGAUGGCAUUAUUUUAGUGUAGCCGGCAGUAUAGCGGCCUGGUUUCUGUUUAUCUUUAUAUACUCUGCCAUAAUGACAUCAUUUGACAGACAGGAAAAUGUAUACUUUGUGAUUUAUGUUCUGAUGAGUACCUUUUUCUUCUACCUGACACUAAUUCUUGUUCCGGUCAUCGCUCUCUUUGGUGACUUCCUAUAUCUAUCGCUUCAGCGAUGGCUAUUCCCCUAUGACUACCAAGUUAUUCAAGAGAUGCACAAGGAUGACCCCCAUGAAUACAGCAUGAUACGUCUUCCAGAGAGGAGCCAUUUGAGCCCCGAAGAAGCAAGAAGCUAUGCAAUUUCCAUGCUCCCCCGAGAGAACUCCAAGCACACUGGUUUUGCUUUCGACUCCCCGGGCUAUGAGUCAUUUUUUGCAUCACAGCAAGGUGUCUGUGUGCCUCACAAGCCAUGGGAUGUCGCAAGGAGAGCCAGCAUGAAGCAGCAGCGGCAGCAGCCACAACGCACAGGAAGAUCCUAAUCCUGGAUUCGUGUAUAGUUUUGUACAUCAUGUUCUUUUGCCGCAGACCACAUGAUUGUGUAUAAGUAGCCUUGUAGCCUUUUUCCUUGUUUGUCACCCAAUAUGUUAUGCUGGCGAUGUUAGUAGGUGGCCAUUUGAUCCUGUUGGCUGAAGAAUCAGGUAGGCACGCACUUGGUUAAAACAAAGUGGAAACUGGGAAAUGCAGUUAGCAAAAUUCUUUGCGACUUUACAAAAUUGGAUGUUACUGAAUUUUU